AGCCGUUUUGGCUCAGGCUGGUUGGGGCACCAGGCCCAGACCGACUUGACCUCUUCAAUCUUCCGUACCGGCCGAUUCGCUCGCCGCCCGCCCGCGCACCCGCCCCGACGAUGGCGGCCCAGCGUUCUGGCGGCCGGCCGCUGGCCGGCCUCCGCCUCGGUGCCGCUCCGCUGCUGCUGCUGGCGGCGCGGCCGCGGGCCGCAGUGGGCCGCUUCGAGUACGACGCGGAGGCGCGGGUGGAGUCGGCGCGCCUGUUCGGGAACGUGGAUCAGUACGCGUACUACUUCACCGACCUCCUCGUCGGCUCGCCGCGCCAGCAGAGGACCUCGGUCAUCAUCGACACGGGCAGCAGGCUAGUCGGCUUCCCGUGCGGCGGCGAGUGCGAGCAUUGCGGGAGCCACCUGGAUCCAGGCUACGACACCUCGCAGUCGGGCUCGCUGUCGUGGCAGACGUGCACGGAUUGCCCGGGGUCGUGCAGCAAGGACCAGGACAGGUGCCCGUACAAGGAGUCGUAUGCCGAGGGUAGUGAGAUUUCUGGGUUUUGGUUCGACGACAUGGUUGAAUUGGGUGAUGCAUUUUCGAAGAACCCGCCAGUGCGGGUCACGUUAGGCUGCCACACGAACGAGAACAAGUUAUUCUACUCGCAGCGCGCCAACGGCAUAAUGGGCCUGGCACCCACCACGGGCGUACCCAACCGCCCCGCAUUCCUCGAGUCGAUGUUCCAGGACACCGCGCACGUGAACACCGACGUGUUCGCGAUAUGCUUGGCCACCUGGGGUGGACGCCUCACCGUUGGUGGCUACAACUCCUCGUAUCACCUCGGCGGCGGGGGCGGCGAACUCCACUGGGUGGCCAUGAAUGCCGGACACUACUACUACGUCUCGCCCAGGGGCCUAUCCCUGGGCGGGCCCUCCCCCGUGGAGCUGGUGUACGGCCCCGACAGCUUCGGCUACACCAUCGUGGACAGCGGCACCACGUACACGUACUUCCCGGAGGCGGUCUACGCGAGGCUGGCGGGCGCCCUGGCCCUCUUCUGCGAGCAGGCGCAGCACGGCGCCGUCCAGGUCGAGGACGGCUGCUGGGACCUCGACGGCGACGAGGCGGUCGACGCGUUCCCGCCCAUCACCUUCGAGUUCGCGGAGGCCAACAUCGACUGGUGGCCCCGGUCCUACCUCCACCGCAGGGAGGGCCAGACGUGGUGCCUGGCAUUCCAGCCGAGCGGCACGAAGCAGACGGUGCUGGGCAUCUCCUUCAUGCAGCACAAGGACGACGUCGUCUUCGACCUCGGCGGGGCACGCCUGGGCGUCGCGGACGCGGCCUGCCCCGAGUACCGGGAGCAGCCCGCCUUCGAGCAGAAGUUCUCCGCCGGCCCCGCCGCCCCGCGCCUGGGCGCGAGCCUGCGCGCAGGCAGCUCCCGCGCGGCCGAGCCCGCGCGCACCGCCCUCGCCGGCGCCGCGGCGCGGCCGGGGCUCGCCUCGGUGGGGGCCGCGGCGGCCCUGGCCGCAGCGUCGCUGGCAGCCUUGCGCGCGAGGUGGGCCGGGAGGUGCGCCGCGCACUCCGGCGGAGGCGGCGAGGACGAGGCGAGCCUGGUGGCCCUGGCCGACGAGGCGGGGCGGCGCUCGGGGCUGGCGGCUGCGGCCGAGGCCCUCUAGGCGCAGCAAAGGGGCGGGGCUGCCGUGGCCGGCUGCCGUGCGCGGGGCUGUGCGCAGGGCAGCGGGCGGGCUCUGCUCGCUUCCGGGCUGGCCCGGGUCAGCCCCGGCCAUAGCCGCUGCGGGGCCGGAGGAGAGCCGGGCCCAGAUCUCCGACGGUGCGGUUUGUUCAGUCCGCAUUUUAUCGGGAACUGGAGGUUCAUCGGGAGCUGGAUCAUAUACAUUGCCAACCUUUGGGAGCCUUAUGUGUCCGAGACGUCGGGUGUCGGGGGAGAGCGGCGUACGUCCCUCUAUCGUAUUUCGAAAGUCCCUGCGCGCCGCGCCUCGUACAAACGUCGCGCUCGCGCAGGUUCAAGUAUGUAGGCCUGCGUGUUUUUGCCUUAUUUCGGCGGCUGUGGCAAAGCAACUCAGCUGCGAUAUGCGAGUGUCUUACCGCUGUGUGAGACGCAUACUCUGCACAUGCACGCAUAUUUUAAAGUGCACGUUCGUUCUCACAGGCGCUCUACUUGCCCAGCAGAUUCCAACGGAUCUUCUGUGGCAACUGCUCGUGGGGGAGAUGGCGAUCGAAAGACC